AAAGGAGAAACGAAAAAAGUUAUCGCCCCAUAGAUUACAUGUUGCUGAAGUUUUUAUGAUUCUUUUAAACAAAGUUGAAUUAUGGCAGAGCUUACUCUUCCUGUAAAUCCUUUUGCCGGUAUGAGGAUUGAUGACACGGCGUUCCUAAAAGACGUCGAGGGUCGAAGCCCUUGCACUGUAUGUGGUAAAUCCCGCAAGUUUUUCUGCUACCAUUGUUAUGUUCCAGUGGAAAAACUCGAAGGAAGAUUGCCAUCAGUAAAGUUGCCACUUGCCAUCGACAUUAUAAAGCAUAAGAACGAAAUUGAAGGUAAAAGCACUGCAAUUCACGCAGCUAUUUUAGCUCCAGAUGAUGUACGAAUCUACACAUAUCCAAACAUUCCUGACUAUCGGCAGGAAGAACAAGUUGUUCUUAUUUUUCCCACAGCAGAUGCAGUACCUGUAUCCAGUCUGUUUACCGAUAAGUCACUAAAGAUCAAAGAGAAUUACGGUCUGCCCAAAGGCCAUCAUAUGGGUACUCUUUUGCGGUGUAGGUUUAAUGAUAUUCUAGAAUCAUCGCCAGAGGCUGCUAGCAGCGGUCUAGCAUACCGGUUCCCUGUACGAAAAGCAGUAUUUAUCGACAGUACCUGGAGUCAAUGUUGUGGAAUUUACAAAGAUGAGCGGGUAGCUUGCUUGAGAACGGUUGUCAUACAGAAUCGUAUAUCACAAUUCUGGCGACACCAAAAGAAUAGUCCACGCUGGUUUUUAGCAACAGUAGAAGCGAUUCAUCAGUUUUUGAUUGAGCUUCAUAUUACCGCCUACGGAUUGCACAUAGACUACAAGGGACUGACGCACUUAGGGUAUUUGAAUAUUCCACGUGAUAAAAUAGUAAAUUGCAAACAAGCAACCGAUGAUGAAAUGGAGCCAUAUAAUGGACAGUACGAUAAUAUCCUGUUUUUCUUUCUGCAUAUGUAUAAUUUAAUUCAUGAAUACUACGAACAUCAUACACUCAGAGCCUAUCGGAGACCGCUGUUUCUUGAAGACAAAUAUCAGGAGCAACAGUCGAAACAUAAUGCUUAAUCUUAUGUUUAUGGUAGUUUAUUGUUUUCGAUACAUUAAAUUUGAAUGUUAAAUUAAAUUAAUUA